UUGCAGCUAUGGCUCUUGGGAUUCCAUUGUUGAACCCAUAUCUAGACAAGAAUGCUUCUUUCAAAAAUGGUGUCAACUUUGCAGUUGCUGCAAGUACAGCGCUAAACUCGUCUUUCUUCACUUCGAGGGGCAUUAUUGUUCCGACUAAUGUUCCUUCCCUCGACGCUCAGUUAACUUGGUUUAGAACACACCUCACCUCAAUUUGUUCGACGCCCGCAGGUAUUUAUAUAUAUUUAUCACCAGAUUGUUCUUAUAAGCUCAGAAGUGCUCUGAUUUUUGUUGGUGAAAUUGGAGCCAAUGACAUUAUCUAUCCACUGGCCCAAAGAAAAUCUCUUCAAGAGAUUCAGACAUAUGUGCCUUUUAUUAAUCAAGCCAUCAUUAACACCACAAGAGUAUAUGAAAUAAUCUUGGAUGGUGCGUUACAAAUCGUGGUUCCUGGAAAUUUUCCACUUGGAUGCUUACCUUUUGGCAUUAGCGUUUUUGGUAGCAACAAAUCUGCGGUGAAGUACGAUGAAUUUGGGUGUGUAAUAAGUUUGAACAAUCUCGUCACGUUUCAGAACAAUGACCUAAAAGUCGGUCUUGAUUCUCUUCGAAGAGAGUUUCCACAUGCUGUCAUAAUUUAUGCAGACUACUACAAUGCUUUUCUAUCACUUCUCCGUCACGCACCUCUUCUUGGGUUUGAUCCAAGAAGUGUGUUGGACGUUUGUUGUGGAAGUAGAAAUUACAAUGAUGAGUUAAUUGACACUCUCGGUCCAGAAUUUUGUGGAAAUGCAGGAGUGCCGGUUUGCCCUAAUCCAAAUCGAUACAUACAUUGGGAUGGCUUACAUCUAACAGAAGCGGCUAACCAACAUAUUUCCGAUAUUAUUGUUCGAAACAUUCUGUUGAGGAUCAAAUGCAUUUAA